ACAAGUUGGGGCAAAUCCUGAUAUCGCAUCUGAGCUUAAAUAGCUUAAUCAUCCGCGCCAAAAACGGUUUGUCCUUCACAUAUCACAGAAUGCGCGUCUUUCUCGUUCGUCACGGUGAAACUGACAGAAAUAAGGCGAAGAUUUUGCAAGGAUCUUUCGAUGCGGAAUUAAACGCGGAUGGCAAGCAACAAGCAGAAUUAGUGGCUAAAAGACUUGCAAAACUCGAUGUAGACCAGGUCUUUUGCAGUACAAUGUCGCGUUGCAAACAGACGAUUGCUCCGUUCGUUAAGACUCGCCCUGAUGUUCCAAUUGAAUACUCAGACUUAAUCCGUGAGCGCGUCUUUGGUGAACUUGAGGGAAUGCCAGUCGCUGAAGCAAAGAAGCUCUUGGCAGAGAAUCACCCAGACCGUUUUGGCGAAGGUUACAGCAGCCUUUUGAAACGGUUGCUGAAGUUUUGGGACGAAAAGAUCAUUCCAUUGUACGGACAGAAGAAGUGCGUCGUUGUGCUAUGCCAUGGAGGCGUUAUCAAUGCUCUUCGUGACCAUUUCAUGCAAGAGAAGGGUUUUACCUUUGAAAAAGAGAAACAUGAAAAGAAAUUUAUUACAAGUAACACUGGUGUUACUGAAAUUGAGCUUCUCUCUAAGGAAGGAGGACACAUUCAUUGUUUUGGUGACACUUCACAUUUAGAUGAGGCUGCUAAUUGUGCUCCACAAGAACAGUAAGGGAGUAAGCAACGUUUUCUUUUCAUUUAAAUACACUUGAAUAUAUUAACAGAAUUUUGCCCCAUAACGCUACAGACUAAAGGCUCAGACGUUGUCUGGAGCAAGCGUAAUCAUGUGAAAAAAGUAUCUGAAACAGACAGCAAUUGCCAGGGAGAGAGGCAUCAGGUUCCAGAACUUCCCGAAGCAACUAUUUAAUAAAACAAAACAGAGUAAGCGAGAAAAACCUUACCUAAUCCAAAAGAAAAAAAAAGAUAUUAGUUGCAAGACAACAGCUUCAACAAGUGAAGCGUAAAAGUGCCAACAAAGAACAAAAACGUCAACGAAAAUACAAAAAAAAGGAAAAAGGAAAACGUAUGCAAACAUUCGUGCACGUAAUAUUAGGGCAUAUUGGUCAUAACAGUUUUAGAAUUUUCAGAAGGUUCUUCUGCAUUGCCUCGUUGAAAUUUCUCAACAACUGCAAUAUGUUAGAGGUACCGCAGAAGGUAUACACAAAUCAUGCGUACCUAAAUACAGAUGUUUUCCAUAUGUAUAAUUUUUUAGUACGUUUAGAUGAGGAUUAAGAACUGUAAUUAUACGAUCCCUCAACUCAGGUUUUGACACAUCAAUAAGCUUUUGGAUCACAUAAUUCGCAUACUUGUCUUUGAUUAGAUUGAGCAAGUAUGUGUCGCUGAAAACACUGUUAGUAAAUAGAGUUGAUAAGAUUCUAAAGAAAUUCGUUACUUACCCGUCCUCGUUUUCACCAAGUAAGCUGUUAAAGAACCGUUCACGAUCAGU